GUGCUGAUCCAUGUACAAAACAGAUCAAAUCAGGUGUAGAGAGUGAGAACACAUCUUACUGCUGAUCGGAAAAAGUUAUAUAGUAGAGAGAUCGCAGUGGAACAGCAUCAGUUUCAUUAAUCAGGUUUCCUGCGUAUCUUGGUCGGGUCUUUUAGUAACGAGGGGAUUCUGUCCGUUGAUCGGUGAGGAGUGUGAAACCUUAGAUGGCGAGCCAACCAACUGGAUCUUCUGGAGUCUCUGCGAGCUUGAACUUCAAAUCCUGAGAAACAUUAUGUGGGACCUUUUGGAGAAGCUGAACUACUACUGUGAAUGAUUGCUCAAUGUCUUCAGUACACUUAAAAGUAAGGGAGAUAUGACUGAAAGAAACUGCUAUGAUGUGAUUUCAAAGAAAUCCUGUGUCACGUGAUUUCAAAGUGUCCUGGAUAUAUAAAUACCAGCAAAGAGCUUUAUUUGGUAUUUGGACCUCUAGAGGUGGACAGAAGAUACAGAAAUCAACGCUCAGGACAAGAACAAAAAUAACCAAUAAGCUGGACAUAAAUAAAAAAAAUAACAGCUGCACACACACUUGUGUUAUAACACUUCUAAAUAUCAAUUGAAAAGUGAAAUAAUAGCAGAUCCAAAUCAACAUGAUGUCCAGGUUUUGCUUCUGGCAGAAGAAGAAGAAUAAGGAGAAAGAAAGGCCACAUGAUCUGGUUAAAAAGGAAGAUAAUGAAGAAACAUUUAAUAUGGAGCAAACUUCAGUUCCUGACACAUCACAAGUUCAAACCACUAAAGCCAAGGACAGCACAGACCACAGUCCUAAAACAAAUACACCGGGAAGAGAAAAUCAGGCAGAUGAACAACACAAGAAAUCUGUCAGUCUGGAUGGCGUGGGUCAGAGUGAUGAGGCGAGGGUCCUGGUCAUAAACACCGGUGGAACCAUUGGAAUGACGUAUCAUAAUAACGUUCUGUCUCCAGAACCUAAUGCUUUUGUUGAAACUCUGCGUAAACUCUCUAUUCUGCAUGAUGAGCAGUACGGUUCACCUCAGGAGAACACGCUGGUGCUGCCACUGUCCAAACAGAAUAAGAGGAUUGUAUAUACAGUUUUAGAGUACUCUCCUCUCCUCGACUCCUGUAAUAUGACCACAGAUGACUGGGCCAGGAUUGGAACAGACAUUGAGAGACACUAUGAGCAAUAUGAUGGUUUUGUUGUCCUGCACGGCACAGACACCAUGGCUUACACCGCUUCUGCCUUAUCCUUCAUGUGUGAGAAUCUGGGAAAGCCUGUCAUCUUCACUGGCUCACAGGUGCCCAUCUUUGAGAUGAGGAAUGAUGGGAGGGAGAACCUCUUGGGGGCGCUGUUGAUAGCAGGACAGUAUGUCAUCCCUGAGGUUUGCCUGUAUUUUCAUCAUAAGCUGUUCAGGGGCAAUCGUGUCACCAAAGUGGACCCUGGAAGCUUUAACGCGUUUACCUCUCCAAACCUGCCGCCAUUAGCACAAUGCAAUGUCGACAUCAAAAUUAACUGGGACAUUGUGUGGCGAGCCAAUACAACUGCCAGAUUCACUGUCAACACACAACUGAACCGUAAUGUGGGUCUCCUGCGACUCUUCCCAGGAAUCACUGCUGAUAAAGUCAAGGCCUUCUUGCAGCCUCCUAUGGCUGGGAUCGUAUUGGAGACCUACGGCAGCGGUAACGCCCCUGACAAUGACACCGAGCUGCUGGAUGAGAUCCGUAAAGCGACAGAGAGAGGUCUCAUCAUGAUCAACUGCACCCAGUGCCUCCGGGGCACGGUCACAACCUCAUACGCCACUGGCCAGGCUCUGAGUGAUGCCGGUUUGGUCGCUGGGUUUGAUAUGACCACAGAAGCCGCUCUUUCAAAACUCUCCUAUGUGCUGGAAAAACAAGACCUCAGUCCAGAAGAGAAGAAGGAGAUGCUGUGUCGUAAUCUGCGUGGUGAGAUGACCGCUGAUCUGGACGGAGCAAAGCUUUCUCUCCGCGACAGUCGCUUUAUUCAGAUCUUGGCCAAGUCCCUCAACGUUAGCUGUAACGAGCAUUCACAGGAGCUUGACGCCAUACGAGAUGCACUAACUCCCACUCUGGUCUGCGGUGCUGCUAAGAUCGGAGACACUGACACUUUAAAGGCCAUAAGGGAAAUGGGCUCUGACUUGAACAUGGCAGACUAUGAUGGCCGCUCUCCUCUCCACGUCGCUGCAUGUGAGGGGCAUCUGAAUGUGGUGGAGUAUCUGCUAAAUGAAGGGGCUGAUGUCGAUGCUAAAGAUCGCUUUGGUGAUACACCACUUCACAAUGCUGAACGCUUCAGGCAUGUGGACGUUGUAGAAUUGCUGAGGAGGAAUCGAGGUCAUUUUUCCCAGGAUGACAUGGUUGAUGCUGGAAGCAGCCACUAGACGUGAGGAGGAUGAGUUCUUAAAACAGGCGGCUCAGUACCAAACAGUCUUGCUUUCAGACCCUGAAUAUUCCAGGAGAGAACUUUGAAUUCUGAUGCUGAACUAGAAGACGUCUGAAGACCCUCAAGCUUGUGCCAGGCUGCGGCCUUGACUUUCCAUCCACCAAAGAUCCUCUGACUCCAACUAAUUCUCUCUCAUCAAGACAACAUCAGCAAAGAUCACCGGGAGCCUCCACAAACUGCAUCAGGACAGUUUAAUUCAAAUGGGCGAGGCAUGCAAGUAUCAAACUUAAGUCUCAUUAUUUGAUACAUUAAAGGCACACUAUAUAAGUUUUCACCACCAGAGGUCACAUUUUCAAAACAAUUACAAAGGUGAAGCUUGAUGAUGCUAUGAAGAAGAGAUGUUGAUUUCACCAUACAGAGAAGUAUGAAAUUCACAAAUCAUGUUCACGGAUGAGGUAAUGAAUUGUUUUUUGUAUUACCUGUAUGUUUGAUCACACUAUUUUAUGUCAUCGUAAUAAAUUCACUGCAAGGAAUGUGAAAUUUAAUGCUAUAUUGCUCUGUUACUGAUAUGUGACUAUUUGGCAUAUGAUUUGGUUGGUUAAUAAUAAAUAAUGCAUAUUAAUAUAUAUAAUAAUGCAUAUUUGCUUACCUGUCUAUUAAAACAUGCGAGAGCGGAGUCUCUGUCAAGUCCAAGUUUGCUGCGUAGUUCUCCUUCAUCUCAAAUGCCAUGCCGCCGAUACUGAUCCUUGUUUUAUUUUUCCGUUUGUGCCAAAGCCUGCUUGCCUCAGUUGAUCUCAUUAGCAGCUUACGUAUAGCAGCACAUUGAAACGGCCGCUAAUGAGGCAUCUAUGUAUAUCUAUCUCUAUGGCUUCUACAAGUGGAAGGUGAGGAUAGCUCGGAAAUAACGUCACUGAUUCAAUUCGAUUUCAAUUUUCAAGGUCUCAAUUCGAUUUCGAUUCUCGAUUUGAUUUUCGAUUCGAUUUUUAGAUUUGAUUCUCGAUAUUUUUUUUAUUUUUUUUUUUAUUCAAUGAAUACAAUAAAUUUUCACUGGCCCCACCACAAAAAAUAAAUAAAUAAAUAAAUAAAAUAAUAAUAAAUUAAUAAAAUAGUUAUUGUUUUUGUUGUUUUUGACCCAUGUAUAGCCCACCUAUAUUGUAAUGAAUAAUGUUAUGACACCCAAUAUUUUAGAUACCAGUGAAAUUUAACAAUUCUUGAUUCCAUUUAAGACAGCUAAAACUACUAAUAUAAAUUUCAAAGAUUAUUAAAGACAAGUAAACUGUCAUUAAUUAAAAAUAAAUAAAUAAAUAAUUAAACUACAAGCAAUAGCACAAAUAAACACUGUAUAUAAUCUUCACUGUACAAAAUAAAUAAAGGUUAAUCCUUAUUAAAGUUACAAAAACAUUAUUUAGUGAAGAACAGAGUGAUUUUCUCUUUAGUUUGAUUAACAUUAAAACACAGACAGCUUCUGGAAUUUUAGGUGUCUGUCACUUUAAAACUAAUGCACUGAGACAUACAGUAAUGACACGCAUGCGUUCUUUCUCUACUGUUUACCAAAACCGUAACCGACUAUGUUUACCGCGAUACUCGCAAAGGCGGAGAUUUUGAGAUAAAUUUGUGUAAAUUUGUCCGUUUAGACGCAAUGACAGGUAAAAGGGAAUUAAUUUUCUUAUUUGCACGCUGUCGGAGGCGCGCAGCUCUGAGCUCUUCGGGUGUGUGUGACGCGCACACAAAACUUGUCACAGCGCGCGCGAGUUCUCUUUCACUUGAAUGCUUAUAUUGGCAAAGCUUGAAAACGCGUGCAAAUGAUAAACUUUAAUGACCAUGCAGCGCUGGCUCGAUCGAGAAACCGACAGUUCCUUCAGCUGUCCGGAAUGUCUUUCACGCUGAAAGGCGCAGCUGCAUCCGCCAUGUUCAGCACUGAAUGAGUGAGACCGGCCCCGCUGUGAUAAAUAAGAGGAUGACAUCUAGUGGAGAAGUCUAGUAAUAUGAUUAACGUCAAUCAGAUAUUAUGUCCAAUAUUUGCAAAAAUAUGAAAAAAAAUCGAUACGUGGCUUUUGAAAAUCGAUAUCGUAUCGACCGCGUUUUAAAAAAACGAUUAAUCGAAAAAUUGAUUUUUUUUGCACAGCCCUAAUUAACAAAUCCUUGGGAACUUUUGGGAUAAUGUAAGUACACAACUUGAGCAAGUGGUUUUGGGAUGUUUUAUUACAAAAAAUCUUACAUCGUAAAAGCGAUCAUAUCAUUCCAAUUUUGAGGACCCUUCAAUGGCUGCCUAUUAAAUUCAGAAUUGAUUUUAAAAUCCUUUUAUUUGUUUAUAAAUCUCUACGUAAUCUCGCCCCAAUCUAUUUAUCUGAAUUGCUGCAACCAUAUACUCCAUCCUUGUAUAUACUUGUGGAAAAAUCUGCCUUUAGAAAUCAGGUUAGCUCUUUCCCUGACUACUUUUAAGUCUCUCCUAAAAACGUACUUGUUUUCCAUGGAUUAUAAUUAAUCUUCUUCUAUGGUUCUUGCCGUGUUUUUAUGCUGUUAAGUGUCUAUACCUUGUUUUAUUUAUUUAUUUAUUUUUUUAAACUGUGUUUUAGCUGUGUUGUUGAUUCUAUAUCUUUUAUUUCUUCUUUCUGAAGCUCUGUACAGCACUUUGGUCAGUUGUGUGACUGUUUUAUUAGUGCAGAUAUAAAUAAACUGAACUUGAACUUACAUAUUGUGCCUUUAAUCGUUCCUGCCCCUUUUAAAGAAGGGCGUGUUAAACUAAGAAACUGAUGGUUUGCUCAAGGCUGUUGAUCUGCUGAAUUUUAAACAAUGUUAUAACUUCUUGCUUUCCUGUAUUCUGCUUCAGCUCUCUUUGGUAAACUGUAUGCAUGUGUGUGAGUGUUAGAGUAGUUUCAGUGUUUAGUUAAUAAAGUCUUGUUCGUGUCACACGUAAAGUUGUCCGUGUUUCAUGCUCAUAUACUGGAGUCCCUAAUCAUGCAGAUUUUGACUACAUGCUCUCGGGCAGGGGUGGGCAAACUCGGUCCUGGAGGGCCGCUGUCCCUGCAGAGUUCAGCUGCAGCCCUGAUAAAACUCACCUG